AUGUUGGGGAAAGUCAUUUGCACAUUUGCACAGUUGAUCGAUUUUGGCAAUGAGAGACUGAAGACACCAGAGGAGUCGGCGCUUCUGGAUGAAGUGCGACAGGCGGCGCUCGUAAAUGCAAAAAACGCGCUCGACUCGCCGGAUCAACGGCAGGGAAAGCUGGUUCAGCUGCCAGGGCGUCGGAAUGAAGCUUCCUCUUUCGAUGCCAGCUGGCGCGGAUGGACGACGACCGAGCUGGGCAAAAACCAUAGAGAAAUCGAGUUCCAGCCGACUGGAAUGACCGAAGGAACGACCUCCGUCGAUCGGCCGUCGAUGACUGUGGUCGACCGACGCCGCAUUCGUCUCCUCUUCGGCGUAGUGGACGCUGAACUAUAUCUCGCGUCCAAGUUGCUGGCGCCGUUGCCAUAG